CGACUUUCUCUGCACCGCGAAGUGGGAAUGUACGUGUACGUAAGCAACCUAAUCUUGACCGUAUUGGGACUGGGUGUCACUUCACUCCGCAAAAACAAUAAGAUAACAAGGCUCCGCCCAAGGAUCUUUCCCUGGGGACUUUGGUCCGCUUGUCCACUCCGCAGCCCCAGUGGCCCUCUCCCAAACACCGUCUUAUUGUCUUUAUAUAGACAUUGGCCGGUGACCUGGAACGUGUCAAGGUCUUGUGGAAUGCCGAGUGUCUGGCCUUGCAAUAGAAGUGGCCAUGUCCAUAUGACAGUAAAGAUAGCCUGACGCCGUGGCCGUUUUUUAUUGAUAAUGUCACGCUAGGCCGGUUUCGGAUGGAUCCAUUGUCUAUACAACGUCUUGCCAAUCCCUCAGAGAUAUGGGCCACCUUCACAUCUCUCAGGUUUUAUGUGUCUCACUUUAGUCGGUCGAGCUUUCGUUGUCUUGUAUUGUAACAAGGACCUGAGUAUUCUCGUCCUCUCUUAAUCUCGUGCUCGUCUGUCACUUUUAAUUUUCGAGUGCCUUCUCUGUCUUGAGCGCGUUGUUCGAAUUUUUCCUGUUCAAGCAAGUUUUUUUGGGUUGACUCUAGUUGCCAUGGCUCAAACGGAGACCGAAGGAAAUAAACGUAAACAUAAAGUCUCCAUGCAUAACGAGCAAGCUGAAACUUCUGUAGCAGGACAGAGCGGAAAUAUUCCAUCAGCUGCUCCUGAUUCCAUAACAUCGCCGAAACAAUCCUUCCAUCACUCUACUAUAUGUCGCUAUCAUCAGGCUGGAUAUUGUAGACAUGGUGAUUUCUGUCAUUUCAGACAUGCCCCGAAUAACUUCUCCGAGAAUCACCACGAAUAUCGUAAAGAUCCAUAUACUUCAGUCGGACUAUCGCCCCUUUCCCUUUACGCUCCUUCUCGCUCGUCCUUCACCCCAUACCACAUCUCCCCCAGUUGGAUUUCUUUCCCUCCUCCCUACUCCGGUUUCGCGAACCAGAAUCUUACACGGGCUAUAUGUUCUCCCGCGUUAAAUUCACCUAUCCCCGAUGUGUACACCUUUUCGGACGCGUCGAGCUCAGGUACCGAUGAAGUUACUAGUAUUUCGCCCAAGACAUCUCGUAGAAGCUACCAUCCUAGGGAUCACGAUCGCUCAUAUUCCCAGGCUCCGACGGCCUUGUCACCUAACAUCUAUUUUCCCCUCCACUUUGCCGUCCCAGAACCCACCCCUUCUUACCGUAACACCUCGUUCAUCGAACGGCGGCAAAUUCCCGCCUUCAGGAAAAAGCCAGUACCCUAUAAAACCAAAAUAUGUAAGUUCUACAAGAAAAAUGGUAGUUGUCCUAAUGGCGAUAAGUGCACGUUUAUACAUAACGUGACCAGCCAUCCCAAGGGAGCAAAGAAUGAUAAGAACAGCACACCCGCCACCACGCCAAAGGCUCGACAAGAUGGCACGGACCCAGAUGCCACUCUGGUUGAUCGCGAUGUGCCAGUUGACCUACCGACAAAACCGAUGUCCCUUUACGAACAGUACAGAAAGCAAGGAUACUACCCAGUUACAUGGCGUGUCAUUGGAGGCGGAGUGAUGAUGGGCGGAAAGAGAGAACCGUGUAAGGCAUAUACUGCAGGACACUGUAAGGACGGUGAUGAUUGCAGGUUUGCACACGAAAUUGAUGGCUUGAAGAACUCUGGACCGCCCAGUCUCCCGGACCCACCCGAGCUUGAUCGCUCUUCCCGUCGCAAAAUGGUGAUAGGACGGACGAGGGAACCUCACCUCUUGAACGGUACACUCGAUAUUUAUAUUCCGCCACAACCCCUUCCAGCGCGCGGACCUACUGUCCCUCCUGUAUCUACAGGAAGCCUCGGGAGAAGUAAUGAUGGCACAAAUCGUCUGGCGAGCGGGAAACACGAGGAUGAAAGUCAUAGUGAUACGGCGCUAAGCCGGCGUCGACGUUCGCGGUCGAUGUCAACGCCUUCAUCGCCUUUACUGCCGCGUGUAUCGACGCAUAAUCUUUUCCCGGCCGAACUUUAAAUACCUUGAUAUCAUUAUGUACUGCCUAGGCAUACUAGCAACUGCAAACUUUCUUGCAAUAAGGCGUCAUAAUUUAUGGCGCUCAUUUUUCUGUAUUUGCAAGCACAUUUUUCUUACCUUCUAUGAGGGUCCAUCCGUUUGCAAUAUUUACAUGGUGACAAUCUUUAGACAGUAACUUCAUCCUCGUUAUAUGAACGAUAAUAUCUUUGGGAUAACUUAA